AUGUCAUCAUCCACUACUGACCUUCUCCCCUCCCUCCUCCACAAAUGUCUACGAGUUACUCUCACUGAUGGUCGAGACAUUACAGGCCGUCUCUACUGUAUCGACAACAAAGAGAAUAUAGUACUACGGAACGCUGUUGAGAAGCGACGACGAGACGGAGAAUACUCAUCCGUCCGCAAGAUCGGCAUAGUGAUGAUCCCAGGAAAGGAGGCUGUGAAGAUUGGAUGCCUCAAGAAGGAUUUUCCUCAAUGA